AUGCCAUCCAAAUCAGGAAAACAAACACCAAUCGUUAUUACAGUAAGCAUAAGUAAGAUAUCUUAUAAUUCUAUUCCUUUAUCUUUUAAUCCAUAUGAUAAUCUAUCUAUGUACGAUAAUUCAUUGUACGAUAAUUCGUCUUAUUCGUCAUAUAAAAAUGGUUCACAACAUGAUAUUCCUUCAUAUCAUAAUACUAAUGUACGUAGAUAUGCUUCUAUGCCAAGAAUUCGAAGAUUUGAUUUGGACAUUAAUAAAUAUUUUGAUAGAAUUGAAUUAUUAUCAAGAAAUAAUAAUGAUAUUAUCAAUGACGAACUACUACAAUUAUUACAAUCAUCAAAAGAAAAAGAUUUUAAUGUGAAUAAUAGCGGCUAUAUUAACAACGAUAAAAAUAAUGAUUCAUUAAGUUAUAAAGGAUAUUUAAGAAAAUGUUACAGUGCUUCCUUUGAAAUGUCUUCACUUGGAAGAUAUAAUAACGUUGAUAAUAUUUAUAACGACGAUAAUAUUUAUAAUAUUUACGACAAUAACAUUUAUAAUAAUGAAAUUAAUUUAGUUAGAGAAAAAGAAAUAAUUAAUUCUAGUAAUUUCGAUACAAAUAAUGGAAUUAAUUUAGUUAGAGAAAAAGAAAUAAUUAAUUCUGUUAAUUCCGAUACAAAUAAAGCGAGCAAUGGAAGAGAGCAAGACAAUAGUAUUAGAAUGUUAUAUGAAUAUUAUCAAAUCACUUGCCCCAAAGAUGAUACAGCGAUGGAUCAAUUUUGUGGAGCAGUUGAUAGAUAUGGAUUCGUUAUAUCAGAAGAUGAAGAUGAUUUAAUACCAGAAUUAUCUCUUGAAGAAAUAAGACAUGAAAAAAAAGAUACCGAAAGAUCACAGAAAUGGGCUGAAUGGGUGGAAUCUAAAAAGUUUAUAAAGAAAUCAGGAAAAUUUGGAAUUAGUAGUUUUGUAUUUCCAAGGGAUACUAAGUUUCAGAAUAGAGUAUCUAAAGGAGUUCCAGAUCCAUGGAGACAACCUGUAUGGUAUUUUUUGUUAACUAACGGAGUUUCCGAGACAGAUUUAGAUGAUGCUACUAUUAGAAAUUAUAAAGAAUUACUUACUCUUCCAUCACCACAUGAACGUCAAAUAGAUUUAGAUAUUCCAAGAUCAUUGCAUUCUCAUAUAAUGUUUCGAACUAGAUAUGGACCUGGACAAAGAUCAUUAUUCAAUAUAUUAAGAGCAUUCUCAAAUUAUGAUAGUCAAGUUGGAUAUUGUCAGGGUAUGACGAACAUUGUCACCAUACUUUUAAUGUAUUAUACUGAAGAGAAUUCUUUUGUGAUGUUAACUAGAUUAUUCAGCAGAUGUAAUUUACAUAAUUUGUAUAUACCUGGAUUUCCCGCAUUAUUAGAAAGUUUUUAUGUACAAGAAAAAUUAAUGGAAUUAUAUACUCCAAAAAUUGCCUUAAAAUUCAAUGAAUUACAAAUUUCAAAUACAGCGUAUGCAACUAGAUGGUAUAUUACAUUAUUUACAAGUGAUGUGGUACCUCAUCAUACUAUGUUGAGAAUAUGGGAUUUAAUGAUGCUGUAUGGAUUUGAUGUAUUGUAUUUUGUGGCGGUUGCUUUAUUAAAUUAUCAUGAAGAUGUUCUAUUAUCUUCUUCAUUUGAACAAAUAAUGUCAACUUUAUCUACCAUAUUAGCAAUUGAUGACGAUGAUAAAUUGAUGAAAAAAGUACAUAAAUUAUAUGAAAAAAAAGGUCGAAAACAAUUAAUUGAUACAUUAAAAGCUGAAUACAGAAAUCAAGUUCAAUGA